AUGAUCGCUCAUGGCGUUCUUGCAUCGCUCGCCUUUGUCGUAUUCUUUCCCUUUGGAGCCAUCAGUAUCCGCUUGUUUAGUUUCCCAGGACUCCUUUGGUUCCAUGCCAUUUUUCAAGUGCUCGCAUAUCUCGUGUUCAUUGCGGCAUUUGGCCUCGGUAUUUAUCUUGCUACACAAAUCCACUUGCUCAACCAAGCCCAUCCAAUCAUCGGAAUUGUGCUCUUCAUCCUAAUCUUCUUCCAGCCAAUACUCGGUUUUUUGCACCAUCGCCUUUUCAAGAAGUACAAGCGCCGCACAUUCUGGUCUUACGCUCACAUCUGGCUUGGACGCAUCAUCAUUACUCUGGGCAUAAUCAACGGUGGCCUUGGGCUCGAUCUUGCGCACAACUCUCGCAAGGGUGAAAUCGCUUACGGCGUUGUUGCUGGUAUCGUCUAUCUGAUCUAUAUUAUCAGCAUCUUCGUGGGUGAAGCAAAGCGCAGAAGGGACAGGAAAGCGGCCAUUCGUGCCGAAGCAGAGCCAAAGAGGAGCGAUAGCGAUUCAAAUGACUCUGAUGCGCAUGGACUCAGGACAAAUUACUAUGCUUAG